AUGGGCGUAAAGCUUUAUACUUUAAAAACCGGUUUUUUUAAGCGUAUUGCGGUAUUUUUAAAAAAUUAUUUAAAUUUCCAUUAUGGAAAUGAAAGCCUGCGCGUUUGCAAGCGCGACAAAAUCCACGAAAAAAUUAAUCCAUUUAAAAAGGGUUGUAAUUUUUUUCGAAGCGGUUUUGCUUGCGGUAUCCUUUGUUUUAAACGCUUUUUUAUGCUUGGCUUUAAAAUUACUUUCGCCCGGGCCUUUAUUGCAAAAAAAUCGAAAUUUAGGGUUUCGUUGGCCUCAACGUUCGGAAUUAACAACAAAAUUUGCUUUGGCAAAAAAAACUUUGUUAAAGGAAAUUUUAAAAGCGGUUUAAAAGUUGCCGGGCUUAUAAUUGUUGCAAGCAAAAGGGAUAAGCACGGUAUAAGGCUAUUCCGGUUAAUAUGCUUUAAAAAAAAAGGAUUUAAAGUGCAAGCAACGUUCGGAAUUAACAACAAAAUUUGCUUUGGCAAAAAAAACUUUGUUAAAGGAAAUUUUAAAAGCGGUUUAAAAGUUGCCGGGCUUAUAAUUGUUGCAAGCAAAAGGGAUAAGCACGGUAUAAGGCUAUUCCGGUUAAUAUGCUUUAAAAAAAAAGGAUUUAAAGUGCAAGGUCCCGUAAAGGCCUUUGCCCUUUAUAUACACGUAACUCCCUGUCCUCCUUGCUUACUAAGCUUCCCUCUUAACGCCUGGAAGCGUCAUACGCUUCCAGGCAGGGGGACCGCUCUUCCGAUGCCUCAGGCAUCUGAUAUUUAUGCUUAA